UCUUCAAGAAAGUCAACUCCAUCUCUGCCAACAUCAGCUCAGCCCAGGUCUAUUACGAGAAGAAGAUCGUGUCCCUCCAGGAGGAUCUCCAGAGCUUGGAUGAGAAGAGCUGGGGGAACUGCUCCUUCUGCCACGAGACAGGAGAGCUGGGCCAGGAGAUCACCAAGCUUCAGGGAGAGCUGGAGGAGAUCCAGAAGAUGCUUUUGGUUCAAGAAAUCCUGCUGGACAGGACCUCCCAGACCCACGACCAGCUCUCAUCCACCAGCAGCAAGAUCAGCGGCGAGGUGGACAACUGCUCCCUCACCAUCCAGCAGGUCAACGAGAGUUUGGGGCAGUUCCUGGCUCAAGUUGGGGGUUGGAGGGUGGUGACCUCUCAGCUGGACAACUCACUGAAGGGUUUGACCCGGGAGGGCUACGAGGUCCGAGCGGCCGUGCAGCAGAUGAACUUCACCUUGGGCCAAACCUCCGAGUGGAUCGGGGUGAUCCAGAGGAAAGCAGAGGAGGAGACGUUGACUUUGCAGAAGCUGGUGAGCGAGUGGCAGAACUCCACCCGCCUCUUCGUCGACCUGAGGGCCACCACUUCCCAAACCCAGGAGCGAGCCAAGAGCCUCCAGAGCAACGUGGCCUCGGCGGCUCGGCGGGUGGGGCAGAACUCGGAGAGCGUCCACGACUUGGCCUUGCAGGUGAUGGGGUUGCAGCUGCAGUUGGACAACAUCUCCUCUUCUUUAGACGACCACCAAGAGAACCUCCAAGACUUGCUCUACCACGGCCGUUACGCCCAGAACCUCACGGCCGAGCGUUUCCAGACGUUGGAAGGGAGGAUGAAGUCCCACGAGGUGGAGGUGGGCACCAUCUUGGCCAACGUCAACGCCACCGACGGCCACGUCCACGGCAUGUUGCGUUACCUGGAUGACGUCCGGCUCUCCUGCACCUUGGGCUUCCACGCCCACGCCCAGGAGCUCGACGACCUCAACAAAUCCCUCAGCUUGGCCCGAGGGAUGGCGGAAGGGUUGAGGGAAGGCUACGGCCUCCUCAGCGCCCGCCUGGACCUGGACAUCCGUAACCUCUCCAUGGUGGUGGAGGAGAUGAAGGCGGUGGACGCGCGGCACGGGGAGGCCUUGAGGAACGUCACCGUCUUGAGAG